CCGCCACACCACAUGUUGAGCUCUUCAUCGUUCCUGCUCCAGGAACUAGGACUCUCCCACCGCUCUUAUCAGAUCGCGACCUCAUGGCCAGCUCAGGACUCCAGCUGCUCGGCUUCUGCCUCGCCGUGACGGGCCUCGCUGCCACCGGGGCCGCCACCUUCAUGGUGGAAUGGAAACGACAGUCUCAGGGGGCCCACCGCAUGAACCAGGGCUUGUGGAUGAAGUGCAGCGGCAGCCACAGGACCACCUGCGAGAUCUACGAGUCGCUUCUCAAACUGCCAUCUGAGGUCCAGGUCACCAGUGCCGUGAUGCUGCUCAGCAUCCUCAUCUCCACUCUGGCUCUCGUCGUCUCCACCGUGGGCAUGAAGUGCACGCGCUUCAUGGAGCAGCGUGUCAAGACCAAGUCAACCGUGGCUUCCAUUGGAGGGAUAAUGUUCAUUGUGUCAGGCUUGCUGACAGUGAUCAUCACCUCCUGGUAUGUCAACAAGAUUGUCCAGUCCUUCCACAAAUCCCAGGAUAUUUUAAGAUAUGAGUUUGGUAAGGCGGUCUUCGUCAGCUGGGCCGGUGGUCUGCUCACAGUGGCUGGUGGGAUGUUCCUCAGCUGUCGCAGAUGCACUCGGUCGUCAUCUGGAUCGAUAAGCUCCAACCAGCUGAUUUCAAACGGGUCCAACUAUGUCUGAAUGGUAUAUUCAUGAACCCUUCUCAUGAACAUUUGAGGUUCCACGUGUUACUUUAGUCAUCACAAACAGGUCCAUCAUUGUUAUCUCAACUCAUUUACCUCUCAUAUUUCAGAAAAAACAAAGCUUUUGAUGGAACGUUUUGAUUCAAUAUGUUUCUUGAUAAGAAAGGUUGCACCCCUUUUCAUCACACUGCAACAUCUCUUUUGUUAUUACUUUUAACUUGUCUGUAAAUGCUCUUCUGUGUUGUGGGUUUCAAAUAAAUGCUUGGUUUUGUUCAGAUUUUUAGGAGUAAAUUCAGUUUCAUUUUCAUUUUUUUUCAUUUCAUUCUUAGUUUCAUCAUAGAAAAACUCAGGGCCAGAACUUCCCAUCAGAGGUUACUACUGCAAGUCAGCUUCUUCCACCUCUCGAUCAUCUGGUUCUGUUCAUGUCGUCAUGAACCCCAACCACGAACCUUCCUCAUCCGUGUCUUCCUCCUCUCUGUUUACCUGGUACCUACCUCUUUGAUAUUCCCCACGGAACUCUGUCUCUUCUUUCCCCAUUGAGCUGGUCUAUCUCUUCUGAGUUGAGUGGUCUCAACUCUUCGGACACUUCUAACUCUGCUCCCUGUCUCAGUGUCAGAAAAUGUUUUAAAUCCCACAUUGAUAUAUUUUCGAUGCAAUUGUUGUUUUUUUUAAUUGGAAAUUUCAUUUUUCAUUUUUUAAUUUUCAAAUUUCAUUCAUUUCAUUUGUGUCGCUACAUUGUUAAAUUUAUCUUUCAUUUUCUAUCAUGAAAUGGCAAAAGUCACAAGUAAAGUCAACGUACGACUGUGAUCACUUGUGACAAACUGUUAAACUGCAAUGUGUGAGUGGGUGUGGGACACGUCUGGGCUUCAGUCCAUUUUGAGAAGAAAAAGUGAAAAGAAAGAGAAGAGGAACAUUCACAUCUCAGUGAUGACCCAGAGGUGGUGGCAGCCUCCAAUUUUUUUUUGUUUAUUUAUUUUUCUUGUUCUGUUUUCUUGUGUUUCGCCGAGUUUUAAAGUCGAUCAAAAGGCUAUGUGCCUUAUCUGCCAUUUUGACUUUCCACUAUAUUUAGACCCGUCACCGUCAGAUUGACCUACUUGUUUUAAUGUGAAAACUGUGUGACACAUUGAGUGCACUAACCUGUGAAGGGCGGGCUGUGACUUGGUUGGCGCCACACGGUCGCAGAGGGUUUCAGGCAGCUCUGAAGUUAAUAGAUCUGAGCUCUGGCAAUGACUUGUGCUGUGUUUAUAGAAUCAGAACUCAGAGCUUUACAGUGGCGUCUGCAGAGAGGGAAGCUUUGUCACCAAGCAGAAACGAGGUGGAGGACAAGCUACUGGUAGCGGAUGACCACUGGUGGAUACGGUGGGUCCAGAUUUGAAUUACUUUUGAUAUACUUCCGCUGUAGAUGAAGGGCUACGUUUCUUCCUACUAACUUUAGACCUGCCUCUCAACAAGAGCAGCCGACUUGUUUUGAAAGCAACUAGAGGAAGUUGCGGUCAGUGAUUAGGGUGUGAGUAGUGUGAAAAAUG